AAAAAAAGGAAAAUGACUGCUAUUCGAAGAAUAGUUUGUGAAAUAAUAGUUUGCUCUUAUAUCUUCUCCUCUUCCUCUUCAUCUUUCUUGUAACCAACAUCGGCUCAAUAAUUAUGGAGUGUUAAACCUAAUUUCCCGUAGGUCGGGGGGCAGGGGGUCAGCCAGGGCAUUGUGCCAAGUGAAAGAGACACAUUAAUCAGCAUAGAAGUAAAAACUUAGCCUAAAAAUGCCGAAGCAGUCGACAGGUGAUAAAACUAAACCACUUCAUCAGCAGCUGGAGCUGCUGGCAGACUGCACAGCUAAAUGCAGAUCAGCUGCUCACGCAGGUGAACUUGUCUGCGCGGCUACGCACAGCUGUCCAGAGAUUGAAAUCAUUGCCUGGAUCUCAAGGCAUUGUUAUGCACCAGCAAGAAUCCGUGACGAGAAUGGAAGAUCGUUGUUACAUAUUGCAGCAAGUCUGGGGAAAAUUAAAAUUCUUGAAUGGCUUCUUAGGUUCAAGGACGGUACGAUUAACACUAAAGACGGAGAAUCCGGAUACUCUGCUCUACACAGAGCAAUAUUCUUCGGUCAAAUACAGACGGUCAUCUACCUCAUCAAACAAGGAGCUAAUCUCGCCCUGACGGAUAACAAUGGACUGACAGCUCUAGAUCAUGCUCUCAUGGAUCGUCCUCCUCGUGUCAGCUACUCAAUACAGUCUCCUUUAGAGGCGUAUGUGUGGGGUUCAAACUCUAACUAUAAUCUAGGAACCGGCGAUUAUUCCACCAGGACACAUCCUGAUAUCAUAGAACAGCUCAGGAAGCAAGGUUCCUCGAUUAAGAAGGUUUCUCUCCAGAAGUUCCAUAGUGGGUUCCUCACAAGUUCAGGAUCAGUGUUUACUUGUGGACACGGCAGAGGAGGAAGAUUGGGAAUCGGAUCGGAAACAAUGCUUCUUACUCCUGCUUCUAUUCAAAUAGGUUCCUGUAUUGACCUAGCACUAGGAGUUGACCAUUCUUUAUUCUUGACCGAGGCCGGGAUCGUUUUCACCUGCGGGGAGAAUACUUUUCAUCAGCUCGGGCAUCAACCCCCUCCUCCCCGCCUCCUUGCUCCUGCCCCUAUAGGUGGGCGGGGAGGUAUCAAGCUUCCUGUUGGAGUGGGCGUGGCCGCUGCUCGUUACCAUUCUGUAUUCUGGACCGAGGAUGCUGUCUAUACCUGGGGGUUAAAUGCGGGUCAGCUCGGGCAUAUUAAGGGAGAUAAAACUAUUAUUCUUCCAAAAAUGGUGACCUCGUUCGCUGGAAAUGACACAAAAAUUGAUCAGGUUUGUGUGAGUGACGGUGCUACUGUUGUGUGUACGAGUAAGGGAGAUGUACUGGCUCUCUACGAAUAUACCACUAAGAAGAUCGGUCUCCGCCAACAAAAUAUUCAAAAAAUUCAGGUUGUAGGAGGACAUCUAGAUCCUGCUGUAGAUCCUGGGGGUUCAGCAGAUAUAGAUUUCAAGCUUGUAGCAGGAGGAGGAGUUAACCUUAGGGUCUUUAUCCUCACCAAGGCGGGGAGGAUUAUGGUGUGGGAGGAGGGGAAGGAGAAGAAGUUUCUUUCCUGUGUACUGGCGCUCUCCAGAUCUCCGCCAUUGAUCACAGACUUCGCUCCGUACCGGGAGGGGAUGCUGCUAGUGAGUGAAGAAGGUGAAGCCUGGUCUACCACCUGGCCUCAACCUAUUAAAUCAAAACGUGCUCCUUCCCCUACCGUUAAGGUCUCCAAGGAGUCCAUUGUCUUGAAGUUGAAACGAAUCCCGCACGUGCAUCGAGCUGUGCGCGCGGUUUCUGAUCCUAAGGGUAGAAAUUUCUGUAUACUCCAGGUGAGCCCAAGGAUGGCGCUCACGGAGAUCCCGGAGAUAUCUCCGUCUACUCAGAUGUCGGAGUUGGAGAACCUGUUGUCGGAGGUCGAUGAGUUGGAUGGUAUUCAUGAUACAGUCUGUGUAGUUGGAGAUCAGAGGUUUCCGGCACACAGUUUUAUCCUUGCUAGCGGAGCUGAACUACUCAGUAAACAAUUGAGAUUUGCUGAAACCUUGCAUCCCACUGUUCUCUUGAUAGAAGAUAUUGAACCUGAUAUAUUCCGACAGGUUCUCAAGUAUCUUUACACCAAGACUUGUGAUCUUCUCAAGGAGGGUCCUUGUCCCGUGAGAUUAGUUGAAGAAGAUUUCAAUAACAUGAACGAGAACAAUACGGAGAUGUUGAACUUUCAGGGAAACCCGGAAACCAUUUCCGCAUUCUCUACCUACGAGAAGAACCGGAAGAAGAAUAAGAAUAGGAAGGCAGAACAGGAGGAGAGUAAUAAGAAAAAGAAGAGUUGGAACCCCCUGGUUCAGUUUCAGGAGGCAGGGCGGAGUUUAGGAAUAUACGGUCUCAACAAGAUCGUAGAUUGUUUUAGGUACAGCGAAGGACAAAUAUUUAAGAAGAGUAAUCCUCCGAGGCCAAGGCAAGAAUUCUCCAUGAAGAACCUCUCUGAGCUCUACGAUGUAACGAUAGAGACGGAGGACGGAGAUGAGAUAUACGCUCAUAAACCUAUCCUCGUCGCAAGGUCAGAUUAUUUCCAAGGAAUGUUUUCCUCUGGUUGGAUGGAGGGAGGAGAAUCACAUAAUCUGAAACUACCGAUCAAGACUCGGUAUAUUGAGUGUGUGGUUGAGUACCUGUACAAAGAUGAGAGUAAGAUACUGAAUAAGUCCGAGGAUACGGAGUUUAUCUCUAAUAUCCUAGUAGUGGCAGACCAGUUCCUCAUCGUUCGCUUGAAAGAGAUCUGUGAGAACCAACUGUCUAAACUGAUUACUCUAAAGAAUGUAUCGGACAUGCUUGAGUUCUCUUUAAUAUAUCAGGCAAACCAGUUGAAGUUGACCUGUCUCCAGUUUGUGUGUAUAAACCUACCAGCUCUACUGGAGAAUAAAGGUUUGGAGAAUCUUGAACCUGAAGUUCUCUCCAGUCUAGACAAAUACUACCAGGAUUCUAAUCCUAGUAUAGCUCAUAGAAGGAUUACGCCAAUGUCAGGAUUUCCUAGUCGCGAGGAUAUAGAGACAGAAUAUCUUUCUAAUCCUCUAUCCCUGGAGGACCUGGAGAGGAUGGAAACCUGUCCUCAGAUCUCCAACAAGACGAGGACUCGUCGCAAUAGUUCUGGAGAUAAAAUAAAAUCUCCGAACCCCCGACAACGACUCUCCGAAAGCAGUUUAUGCAGCGGUUCGGACUCCGAGGAUGGAAAUAUCUCUCAGGAUAUGGAUAGAUUAUCCGUUCUAGAUUUCGACAUUGAGGAGAAGGAUGAAAUAUCUAGUCCUGAGUGUAAACUGAGUCCUGAGAUAAAAGUGUCUCAAAAUAUCAAAGCCCAGGGGAAAGAAUCCACAGUAACCAGGGAUUCUUCCUUCUUCUCCGCCCUGCUUACUCCACAACCAAACAAUCAGACUAAACCAACUCAUCAAGAGAAAGCCGACUCCCCAGAAGAAAAGAAUAAAAUCAACAAGGAGAAGUUAAAAAAGUUUCCGAAACUCUCGCAGAAAGAGAGGAAGCGUCAGUCUGUAGAAAGCCAGGAAAUGCCGGAAGUUGAAUCUCCGUCUUCCGGCAAACUGUGGGGAGGAUGGGGAGCCGCAGCGUCUAGUCCUCCAGUUCCAUCUUUAACUGCGAUAAUGCAGAUACAAGGAAAGAACGGAACUAAGGAGCGAAGAGCAAGUGAGUCCGAAACUAAACCUGAGAUAGUAGUGAAGAAAGGGUCCUGGAAGCAGCUUGGUUGGGAGCUGGAGAAAGAGAAGAGCCCAACCAAACCUGCGACUAAUCCAUGGAAUCUAAGUGCCGUGAAGUCUCCGGAUAAACCAGAUGAAAUUAAGUUCUCCGAUCUAAUGGCGACGGAGCAAAACCUGUCUUUCAGUAAAAUCAUGGAGGAUCAUGUUAAAGAGGAGAAAACGUUGAUCAAGGUUCAGAGUAAACCCCUGCAUCUGACCCAGCUGGAGGAGAAGGCUAUGGACGAGUUAAAGAAAAUCUACGAACUCCAGCAUCCCGGGGACUGCAUAGUGGUGUCUAGGGUAGAAUUGGGUAAAUCUGCACCACCGGUCUGGAAAAAAAUAAAAAGCUAGAUCAUUAUAUUUUUACAUCACAUGUUCUUAAAUAUCCUCGUCAAAAAUUAAAAAUAUGAUCGCUUUUAAUUUGAUAAUUAUUAGGUUUUUUCCUUUUUCGAGUUACAAGAAAAAUCUGUAUUCAAUAUCCCAAAGAUGAUUUCUAAUUUUGUUUUUAAACGACUGAGCAAAUUAUCAGACUGCUUCCUAAUUCCAAAUCCUGAGUUUGGUUCCGAAGCUAGAUUAAAAAAUAAAAAAUCCUCGAGUAUAUUGUGAUAUGUGAACAAAUUAAACUGGUGAACUUUGUUCAAAAUAAAAUGAAAUUUAAUUCA